AUGGCGUCUAAUCUCACCGUCUUUCUCGGAGGAGGAAAGAAGCAGCUCGUUAAGACCACGCCGACCAUGAUUCUCCGGCAGGUCGUGAAUACCGUUUGCGAGAAGCAGGGCUAUGGCGACCCUGAGAACUAUGGACUCAAGAGCGGUAAAAACUUCCUGGAUCUUUCUCUUUCUAUCCGAUACGCCAAUAUUGCCCCUGGGGCAAAGCUGGAGCUCGCGAAAGUGCCAAAAGACAAGUCAGCGCCGACACAUGUGGAUCUUGCCCUGCAGCUAGAAGACGGCGGAAGGAUGGUUCAGUCAUUUGCUAUCACAAGCACACUCUGGGAUGUGCUUCUUGGAUUCGAAAAGGCGUCAAACGGAUCCCUUAACCUGACGCGGCGUACUGCAGUGCCCCAGUCGACAACAAAGAACAUCUUUUCCCUCCAGCGAAUCAAGAAGGCUGUUAAACCUGCCACAGAGGUUUAUCUCCUGCCUGUCGUUAUUCUCUUGGAGCGGGAGUAUGUGUCAAUCCAAACACUCAAGGCGACUACCUUGCAGCUCGCCGGUCUACUGAAAGGAAACGCCGUAUUCCGUGUCAUGAUGCGAUAUACCGAUGCAGGAAUUGCAGAUUUUAUGGAAGAAAUCGAGCGCGAGAAUUCUCGACCUGCAACAGACAAUGGUGAAACUCCUUCCUCAGAGCAGGCGUCUACAUCUGGAUCAGCCACUAUCUCAGUGCCAUCCUCUGCUGAGAGUGUAGCUCCAACACCUCUUGCAGCUCCAAUGACCACCUCUCCUCCUCAGUCCUCCGCUCCACACCCCAGCAGUCCGUUAAAGACAACACCCUCUCGGCAAUUCACAACCGACAAAACUGCAGGGGAGAAGGACUUCAUGCAGGCAAAAGAAGCCUUCCAUAGUGGCUCAGCCUCUGACCUUGGUAUUAACCCACAGGGUGCUGGAACCCCUUUGCCAGGAGCACGUUCUGGUAGUAUCGACCUCAACAAUCGGGAGGUUAAUAUCGUGACACCGGCGCCAGGCACCAGUGGCAACAUUGAUAUUCAGCGCCAAUCACCAGUCCAGAACAUGAACACGGUUAUGAUCGAGGCAACCCAGGAGAUCCGCCAACUUCAGGAGCAACAGACACAAGCAGCUCUGACCGAUCGUGUCAAGCGACUUUCAAAGGCAUCAGAUAGCUCUGACAGGGAGCGAUUUGUGCGCAGCUUGCCACCUGGAGCGUUCACGGAAGAACCAGUCAGUGAAAUGGAUGUGGACUCUCCUUUUCCCCGAUCUGGAUCUCCAGGAUCGAUCCCUCAGACCCAGCAGGAUGUUGUCCGACAAAUUGCCCACCGCGUCAGUUUACAGUUGAAGGAAGCGCAGCAGCGAGGCAACUCUACUCUGGACUACCACUCAUUGAUUGCACAGGAAGUCGAGAGGGAGCAGAAAGCUGGCGUGUUGCCGACCACGCCCACUGGCAGCCGGAACAACUCUAUGUACACGAGCAAAGCGGAAGAUGAACAGUCCCCUCGCCUCAUUGCCACGCCCGCACAGUCUAUGUCGGCGACAAUGGUUGAGGAAGCCAUUGAUCGCAAUAUCAAGGUUUUCAGGCCGCCCGCUGAUAAUGCCACGCCUCUCUCCAACCAAAUUGAUCUGCCUGACGACUUUUAUACACUGACAUCCCAGGAUGUGAUGAGGUUGAUGAACGGGCAGAAAGCAAGACGGGAGGAGGAGGAGAAUCGGGGAUUCAAGACAGCCGCAGUCAGGGCAGAAGAAGAAAAGGCCAGGGAACGUCGUUACCCAAAGACGAUCAUUCGCAUCCGUUUUCCAGACAGGAUCCAGCUCCAGGCGACAUUCCGUAGUCAAGAGACAAUUGGUGAUCUUCGGAAAUGGGUCGCAGGUGCCUGUGUUGGCCAGGGCGAGAAGUUUGAUCUAUACACUACUCCGCCUAAGAAAGUCCUUUCAGAUAACAAGCAGACGUUGUACCAGGCAGGACUGGCCCCUCAGAGCAUCGUGUACUUCACAUGGGCAGACUCAAAGCUGAACCAAAAUUCGCCGUUCCUCAAUGGCGAGUACUUGAUGAUGAUGGAGGAUCUGCCUAUCCCUGGUCAAGAGCCAAAGGAGACCAAGCCAGAGGAGCCGUCGACUUCGUCAGCAUCUGGCGAAGGGCAGGCGUUGAACCACAGUGGAACAAUCCCAUUACUGACCAAGGAGGACCGCCGGAUGAGUGCACGUAUGAGCGCGGAUAAGCCUGGGAACGGAAGCAGCGGAGGACUGCCCAAGUGGAUGAAGUUAUCCAAGAAGUGA